UUUAAUACUAUUUCAGAAGAAAACACCACGAACCCAGAAACAAUUUGUGCUGAAGCCUUUCCUGAGAACCUUUCAUGGGCUGAAGAAAAAAGUGGGAAUUGUGGAGUGGAAUUGUUUCAGAUGGAAUCAGAUAAACUUUCCAAGAGUGUUUUAUCCCUGCAUGAAAGGAAAAAGAGAUAUUUCCAGCUGCUUUCUGACUUGAAAGAGGAAAGAAAUAGAUAUUUCAAAGACAUAGAUGAACUAGUGCAAGACAAGGAGAACUAUGUAGCAAAAAAUAAUGCGUUAGCACAAGAGAGAGAGAAAAAUUUGGAAAGAAUCUCUCUUCUAGAAGGUGAAAAAGAAGCUUUAUUAGGACGUUUGGGAGAAAUAGAGAGUGAACAAGAGAAAUGCAAGACCUUGGUUUCAGAGCUUCAGGAGUAUAAAACCAACUGUUAUCGAACAAUUUCUGAAUUACAAGAGGAAAAAUGUGCACUGAAAAGAGAUGCAGAUAAAAUCUAUAGAGAAACUUCAGAACAGCUUCUAGAACUUGAGAAAGCAAAUGCAAAUUUAGUUUUAGAAAAUAACGAAUUGAAAGAAAUAAUGUCAUCACUGGGUUUCACCUAUGAAGUUCUGAGAAAAUAUAAAAAUAUGGGAGCAAAGGAAAAGACAGUAGAAUUAAAAGAAGAAAAUACAAGUCAACAUGUUAUUAAGCUGAAGAAAGUUGAAAUGUCAUGUAGUGGAACUCAGACUGAAGAAAAAGGAAAUUCUAUUGUAGGUCCUUCAAACUAUUUCACCAGAAAAGAGGGAAGCACAUUCCAAAGCUACAAUGUGAUGAAAGAAGAACUGGAAAGAGUGAAAGAGCAACUAAAAAAGCAACAAAAGGAAUUAGAAACAUCAAAAAAUGAGGCUCAGAGGUGGUACAAAGAGCUUGGCUUUGCAGAAACAAGAUAUGAAGAAAUAAAAACACAUUUGACACAGGUUCUUUCAGAAUUAGACCAUCUUAAACAAGAAACUGGGGACAAAAUGCUUGGAAAGCAGCACUGCAGAUUAAUGCCUGUGUAUACUGUCAAAGAAGCCCGAGAAAUGGAGGUGGAUAAAAUAGCCAGUAAGAAAUUAGAGCAACAAGUGCUGACUUUGAAAGCCCAGCUCAGGGACCAGACUGCAUUACAAAAUCACUUCCAGGAUUUGCAGAAUGAAGUGGGACUCCUCCAGGCUCAACUAUGUGAAAAGAUGUUGCCUUCUUCUGCAGACACUACAAAGGCUAAUGGAGAGACAAACGAUCCUGAGAAACAUGUUAAAGUGACUGGGAUGACUGGGCCAAUACCUAAAGAUGCUCUGCAAAGCAGGGGUGGCUUCCAUAGUUCUCCCCUCACUCCAAGUUCUGCUCUAAAAUUAAUUAGUUCAGAGAGGAUCAUAGCCUUACAUCAGGAGCUAACACAAAACCAUCACAAUAAUUACGAGAUACCUUUGGUUGUCCCCUCCAAUUCAGAUCUGAAGUCUGGCUGCAAUUUGCCCAAGGUCCAACAUGAAGCCUCCUGGCCCGUACCCUCAAAGACGAACGAUCCGCUGAAACUUUCCAAGAGUAGCACGUUCUGUGCCGGAAAGGGGAGGGAUCACGUGUCGAAAUGUGAUGAUGUAUUUUUGGGUCAAAUAGGAAAUCAGCUUGUGGGGACUGUUCCCCAGGGAAUGAAACAGAAAAAUGUCAUUAUGAGUAACACAUGGAUCUCUAGAGAAAAACCAGAUGGCUCAACCCCAGCUACCACAGCAAAACACUGUUUGUCAGACGUGUUGUCAGCAAGUAAUAAAGGUCAGAGUCCUGUGGGGAGAAAUCAACUGCACUGGAAAGACUAGAAACCUCAGAAAUAAAACAAGACUAUCUUAGAAAAUCUUCGUCUCUCUGUACCAUUCCAAAUCCAUGAUUCUGGCCUGGAUUCUCAGAAGAUGAACGUUCAGUUUAGUUGUUGGAAAGAAG